GCCGUCUAUGCCGUGGUGAACCUGGUGAUCUUUUACCCUGCCGCCUCCACCUGGACGUGGCUAGCAUUCAUCUUCAGCUCGGUGGUCUAUGGUACCAGCUACCGGUCCAUGAACUCCAUGGCUAAGCCAUCUUUCACAGAUGAUGGUAGCCUUGCCGACGGGGGAAUUGACCUGAAUAUGGAGCAGGGGAUGGCAGAGCACCUCAAGGAUGUGAUCCUGCUGACAGCCAUGGUCCAAGUGCUGAGCUGCUUCUCGCUCUAUGUCUGGUACUUCUGGCUCUUGGCUCCAGGACGUGCUCUCUACCUCCUUUGGGUGAACAUCCUGGGGCCCUGGUUUACAGCUGACUCUUCACCCGCUGGUCAGGAACCAAAUGAGAAGAAGCAACGCCGACAAGAACGCCGCCAGAUGAAGCGCUUCUAGCCCUGGCUGGGGAGAUAAAUUAAUGCUGUCUCUCAUCUCCAUGUUUUUAGUUCAUCAGGGAUGCGACCGAAGCCAAUCCAAAACCAUUGCAGUAGCUAUGUUGCCCUCUGUCAUUGCUGCCAUUCCACUAGAAAGGCUGCAAGAGACUUCCCUUGGUUGGUUCUUAGCGCCAGUUGAGGCCUUGCUCCUUGGGAUGACAAGGGGAGCAAUGCUGGGAUGUGUGUAAAUACCUUUUGUAAAGUAGCACUGUAUCGUGUUUGAGGUUGGGGAUUGCAACGUUGGAGGAAAUAGUACAUUAAAGAGCAGAGUCUAAUUGAC